UUAACAGAAAAAAGAACAGCUGUGGACCAGCAUCUGACAAACGGAGGGGAACAGGAUUUGAGUUUCCUGUUCCAUGGAUUUGCUAUGGUAGAGCGAGAGAAUUCACAAGCCUCAGCAACUCUUCCACAACCCGUGAAUUCAAAUGCAAAUGUUCAGAAUACGACGUGUAAGCCAACUGAAGCAGAUAUUAAAACUGAGCCAUAUGAUCCUAUCGUAAUAAAAGAAGAACUUGUGUGUAAUCCUGAUUUAACCAAAGAUGUUGAAAAGAAUGCUACAUUUUUACAGGAAAAUGCAUUUGCUGUUAAUGAAUCCAACUAUGAUGGGCCCUUCUACCAUGAUGUAACUAUGUCAAACUUGGAAGGAUCCUGGCAGCCAUUAUCGGAAGUGUUUUCAUCAGUUUCUGAUCCCUAUUUUGAAGCAAAUAGCCCUCUUUCAUUUUGGGGUAGCUGUCCUUUAGAUUUGGAAACUAUGAAAAUGGAUGAUGUGUUUCAGGUGGAUAAGGAUGAUCUUAUUCAGAGCCCAACAUUAGCUGAAUUAAAUGCCAAUGAUGAAUCACUGUUUGAUUCGUUUGAUAAUUUUGAUGUGUUUUUCCCUUCUGAUUCUAAAGCAGCAUCUGUAUCUUCAUCAGCAUGUGAUACAAAUUCAGUUUUUAAGUUAUCAUCUUUAAGUAAUACAGACCCAGUAAAGCUUGGUUCAGAGACCCUUUCUGUAGAAAAGUCCCAAGAAUCUCAACUUCCUGGUUCUUUUAUAAAGAGUAGCACAAGUAUUGAGGAACCUGAUAUUAAAAGUGAAUCUAGUCUUACUGAUGGGAAACUACAGACUGUGCCUACUCUUUCUGUUGAUAGUAUUAAAAGUAAAUUAAGACAGAAUGCAUGUUUAUCCUCUAAAGAAGCAAAAAGAACUGUUUAUCAAGAUAAAGAUAGCUCCAGUUUAUAUUCUGUAGAUGAGAAAAUUGAAACUAUUUCCCAUUUUGCCGUUUCUUCAAAUCCUGAUAAUUUCGAUAGUGAUGAAGAAGAUUCUGAAAUGGACUGUAACUAUUCAAGUGAUGCGGAUGAAGAAUCAGAGGAAGAAACCAAGCAUCACCCAAUUAAAAAUGUUGCUGUGAAAAAUAUGAUACUUGAGAAGAAGAAGUCUCGCUACUUUUGGCAAUACAAUAUCCAAGCUAAAGGACCGAAAGCUCCAAAAAUCAAAUUAACAGAAAAAUCUAGCAGCCUUCAUGACUUUGCUGAUCCUAUCUUUAGUUCAGAUUGUCCAGUAGAUGGUGUAAAACAUGCUGGAAAAGCUAGGCGAGGAGAUGGCAAUGAUCUCACUCCUAAUCCUAAAAAGUUAUAUAAUAUAGGUCUGGAACUAGAGAAGCUGAAUUCUGUUAUAGAUGGUUUGAUUCCAGUAAAUGAACUACCUUUGAAUGCCAGGUCAGACUCUAGAAAGGAGAAAAAUAAGCUUGCCUCCCGGGCUUGCAGGCUGAAGAAGAAAGCUCAACAUGAAGCUAAUAAGCUGAAGCUGUUUGGACUGCAGCAAGAGCAAAAAUAUCUGCUGAAAGUCAUUAGUGAAGUAAAAAAACUUUUAAGAGAAAGAAUAGAAAAUUUUAAACCUGGAACUGGGCAAUCUGUUGUUUCUGCUAUUGACCCAUUAAGCAUGAAAAAAGCUGUGAUUAAAGUAGCUGGAUGCUCUGCUGAUUUUGUAAACAAUGUUUUGAAAAAUGUUGCUUCUGGUGAUGAAAGUGGAGGGUUAAGAGGCUUAAAUGCAGCAGUGAUUGAUGAGAAUUAAAUUCACACAUUAAACUAACAUUGAUAGUGCAAACUAUGUUGUAAUAAGAGUUUUGUGUGCUUGUGUGUGUGUGUAUAUAUAUAUGUAUAUGUAUUUAUGUAUAUUUAUAUUGUUCUUUUCUAUUUAUUUCUUUCCUUUUAAGUCUAGAUACUCUAGUAUGUGUGUUAUAUGUGCAAAUAAUAUGCAUUAUUUUUCAUUAUCAUAUAAUUUUCAUAAUAAAACAUUUAUGUUGGUGAUGUAAAUUUUGAAAGAGAAAACUGGGCAAUUAGUCAGUACUUGAUACAUUGAUUUCUUAUUCACUGUCUUGUCAUAUUAUAACUGUCCCAUCUUGCAAUUUUUUACUGAAGUUUGUUUUACUUAUCCGAAUUUGGGAGUAUGAAUUUUUAGUAUCAUCACUGCAUGUUAUAGUAAAAAUGCAUAAAAUAUUUUAUUAUUGCUUUGUCUGUGUAACCUUUUGGCAGUUGUUAUUUUAUUAAUUAAUGUAAAUCAAAGUAUGAUUGCUAAGUUUAGUGGCUACAACUGAUAGCACAUUUAUAUUAAAUUAUUAUUGAAACUCAAUAAAUAGAUAAUAAAAAAAAACAUACUUUUAUGUAUAAGGAAUCAACUUAUUCGCCAUUAUAUAGUGAAUCUUUUCUAAUAUGUGCAAACUUAUAAAUUGGUUAUUUAACAUUCUGUUAAUUCAAUAUAAUCGUAACUUGAUAUUCUUUACUAAUUUGUGUAACUGUUAUCUCUUUUAUGCAUAAAUUUGAAACCUUUUAAAUAUAGAAUGGUAACACCAUUUGAGACUAUGUUUUGGAUAAUUGCACAUAAAUUGUACAUGCGUAGAUUUCUGUAUACUUCUUAAAUUUCCUUCUUUAAAUUUAGAUUAUUCAAUUAAAAUGAAAAUAUUUAAUACAUAUUAAUUUGUGUCAGAUUUAUAAGUUUAAAUUGUAGAUGGGGAAAAUUAUAAAUUUUCUUGAAAUCAAAUCCUAAAAUGUUCUCAAAUCUUUCAUAUAUAAGAAUAAGAAAAACGUUUUUACUUAACACUAAAAUUAUGAAUUAAAACAAAAUUUGGAAUCUGAAUUUGUUCAAAAAUCUCCCACAUCUCUAUUUAUUAAGACAAUACAAAUGAAAUUCUGUAACAAAAGUACAUGAUUAAAAAUCUCGUAGAACUGAAAUUCAUUUUCUCAAUAAAAUUUUCAAAAAAACAUUUAUGUAAUGUUUCAGAAUUUUUACAUUUUUCCAGAAUCUAUAUAAAUCAAAGCAAGAAGAAAUGGGAAAUAAUUAUAUGAGUGAACACAGAGAAGCUCUAAUGAUGACAUGCUAAAUUCUCUUCUUGAAAUUAAAAGUGAUAUUGGUGAUCUAGAUGUACUGAAAUUGCAGUAGUCAUGUUCUUUUAUAAUGAGUUCUAAUACUGGAAUUACUGAAGCUAAUCUUUCCAAAUUUUAUAGUUAAAAUGUUUUAUUAUUUUAUAGGCUAGGAUUUGAAAACUUCAAAUGAUGAGAGGUGAGCAAAGUUUCAAAAAUACCUCAUCUCUAAUUUAAAAUAUGCUUUUUAACCUUUUGCAAUAGUCAAGGAAUUGUGCUGCUAAGACUUAAAUGAUAGAUAUUGCUACUAAAGGUUUUGCUGUAAAAGGUGGCAGAAUUUCUUCCUUAAUCCUAGUUUAUAGAAAAGUGUCAAAAUCUUUUAAAAUGUUCAGUCAUUCUUUUUAUGUGGCUAUGGACUUAGUUACAAUUUUUAUUAAAGUUAGUAUAAAUUUUACCUCUGUUCAUUAAUCUUUUUCUGAAACAUUUUCCUAUUCUUGAUAAAUGUCUUCUGGUAGUUUUCCACUUUUGAAUCUUUCUUUGCAUGAAUUUUUAAAGUGUAAAUAUUUCAUUCUAUGCUUUAAAUUUGCUUUAUAUUAUUAUGCAGUUGAAAAUACAGAUCAUUGGAUUCUUUAAAUUCAUUUUUACUGUCUUAAGAUUUCUGUUUAUUUAUUUUCAUAAGAAUAAGCACUUCUACUUAUCCUUUCUACUAGACAAUAUUUGAUUCCAUUUAUAUUUUAAUUCAUAUAUUUAACUUGUAUGGCUAUUUGAUUGCUGUAAUAAAAACAAAGUCUUUUGCAAUAGUAAAACACUUUACCUACAUAAGUUAAUCUUUCUGCUUAUUGUGCUUUCAUUUCUUAAAGUUGUAAUGCAAGUAAAACAUUUUCUGCUCAUGGAUAGGGGACUAAAGCAUAAACUUAAUUAUACUAAUGGACUUAGGAGGUAAUGACAGGUGUACAUAGUUCUAUCCCAAAAAAAAAAAAAAAAAAAGCAGUCUAAUUUUUUAGAAUGAGCAUUUAUAAAAUUGCGUUACAUACAUUAUAAUAGAUACAGAAUGCUGUACACAAGUAUGCAUCAGACAUCUUUUAGUCUGAAGUUUAUUUUGAUACUUUUGGACAUCAAUCAUCUUUUAAAGUAGAUUCCUGUAUGUUGCAUCUACACAGCAGCUAUUUGCAAAAGGUUAAAAAGACAUGAAGUUGGUAUGUAUUUUUACAUAGUUACAAUUUGUCAAUUUUCUUAGCAUAGUUUUUUCAAGUCUCUGUUUUGGAGUGUGGAGGGGGGGAUUUUGUAUUUGGAAUUUAUUAUUUAAAUUAUUAAUAAUAUUGCAACCCAUAUCUCCCAGUUUCUUCUUGAGUCAUAUUAAUUAGGAUAAGAUUCAUGUUAUUAAGAUUUUAGCAAAUAAUUAUUCAACUGUAUAAUAGGCAACUUGUAUCAGUUGAACUAUGAAAAUCAAAAUUAAAAGCAUUUAAGUUUCAUUCACAUUGUACAGAUAUGUGUUGUCUUUGCUGUAAGAAACUGUGUAUUUAUAAUUUCUACAUAUCAAUGUUUCGUAUUUUUAAUUAAAAACAAAGGAACAUGAUUAAUUUUGAUCUAGAAAGACUUCUUUUGCUUCAAUAUGAAAUGGUUGAUAGAAACUUUUAUUUGAAAUGUAAUUGCAUUGCUAAAGAUGAUCUAUUUUGUAUACAAACUAUGCGAUAAUACAUUAUUUUCUAUCAAGAAACAUUUUAAUCUAGUCAAGCUUUACUUUAUUUAUGUAUUUAGUGUGAUGUAGAGAAUGAAAAUGCGUAGAAAGCGAGUUUCUCGCUUUUCGUUUAUGAGCAUUUGAUGUACAGAUUGCCAGCUUAGGAUGGCAGACCAAAAACGUAUAUAUGUAUAUAUUUUUUGUAAUGAAUCAUUAUUACAAUCAAAUCAAACAAUGAGACCUCCUUUAUCGAUGUAGUUUUUAAAAAAUGUUAUGAGUUUAUUUUGUGUUUUGUACAGGUUUCAUGUUCUAGAAAGGGGAAAAAAAAGUAGCUUAAUUUUUGUUCUAUAAAAAUAUUUAUACAGACUUUCCUGAAAAUUCCUAGGAAUGUACUUUCUUUAUUAUCAAACUUAACUAUUAGACAGUGGUUGUAUGUCUGGUAGAAAAUCAUUUAAGGCCUAGAUAGUUUCAUCAGUUAUGAAAAAUAAUAAUAGCUGUGAUCUGUUUUGAAUCAUAAAAGUGAUUUGUAUUAGAUUUAAGAUAUAUGCAGUGUUGUGAUUGGUGCCUCAGUUCCUGAAGUUACAUCUAGGAGUCUCUGCUGUACAAAGCUGAAAUAACUAUCAGUUUUUGGUCCGUAUGUUGAAUGAAAUGAAUCUAUUUGUGCCCGACUACUACCAAAGCAAAAUGUUACCAAUUUUUUUCAAAAUACUACUGCAAAUUGAUAGUUAGCUUAAAAUUUCUGUGAAUGCAGUUUUACUAAGAUUUGUGCAUUUAUUUACAAAAAGAUGAGGAUAGUUUCUGUAGUUUGUGUUUAGAUUUUAUACCACCAGAACAAACAAUAAAAAAUGUCACUGAAAUUUUUGUGCUACAAUGGUACUAUACUUUGGACUAAAAAUUAAGCAAUGCUUAAAAGAAAAAAUAUAUAUAUAAUGAAAUUCAGAUAUCUAAAAUUGUAAAAAGAAGUCAAAUCUUUAGUGAAAAAACUCAAAGCCUGUGUGUCAAAGCCCAUAGACAUAACUUACUUUCAGGCACUCCUGACAGAUUCUCUUAUAUAUAUAUAUAUCAUUUGAUAAGAACAAGAUUAUGAGAAAUAAUGGGAUAAUUUGAAGAUCUUCCAAAAUAUGAAGAGCUAGGCCUUGGUGAAACCUUAUUUUAAGUAACAAAUAUGGAAUUUUCAACUUGUAUUUCAGCAAGCUACAGUUCAUUGAGUUUUGUUCUGCAUUUUUCCCCCAUUGUAUAAAAAAAUUAUUAUAAAUUAAAUUUUUUCCUCUUUCUGAAGGAAAGUAUACCACAUUUUUAAAUGAAAUUAGAAAUCUGACUUUUACAAUUUAGAAAUCUGACUAAUACAGCCAUAAUAUUUUAUGAAAGAAAGCAUUUGAAGUGGCUUGAAUAAAUGCUGAUAAUGAUGGCUGUUUUUUGAUAGUGCAAAAUUACAAAUUCAGAUAGUCAUAAUUUAAUUUCUGAAUAUAAUUAUUAAAAAAAUGUGCACUAAAAGUAUUUUAAUUUUCUUAACAACAACAUUUUAAAGCAAGCUGCCAUACCCUGUUUCAUUCUUAAAAUAUUCUGCUUUGUUUGUUAGCCUGAAGUAGAUUUUACAAUCACAUCACUGUGUAUGAUUAAAAAGAAAAGCUAGAAUAAACCGUACUUUUUUCUCCAUUGCAAAUAAAGAUAUUAUCUGACUCAUUAAACAUUCCAUAAUUCCAGAAAUAAUUUCUGAAAUUUUGAAAACCUGUUUCAAGUAAAUUGCAUUUGGGAAAGAUCUCGGUGAUCUGGAUUGAGUAUGUAGGUGUUAGGUAAAUAUUUUUUCAUGGUAAACUUUUUAUGUGCAUAUUAUGGCCUUUUGUCUUACCUGCAUAACUAGCAUAUAUAUUUUUUUUUACCUGAAUUGUCUGUUCUUGAAUAUUUCAAUGUGUGAUAUUUACUUUAUUCUUGGAAGUUUCAGUGAUAUAUAAAAUCAAUCUAAGAUUGUAAAUUAAUUUUUUUAAACUAAAAAGUUAAUAUUUAAAAAAGGUUUACUUAUCAGGGCUAGGCCAAGUGAUGUUUCCCUGCUGCUUUAUGAAUAUUUAUUACAUUUAGUUUGAUAGGUUCAAAAUACAAGUGGCAUAACUUCACCUAGCACUAUUUUGAAACAUUGAAAAAAUAAUAAUAAUGUGAUAGCUGUUUUGUUAGUUUUUCUAUCAUUAUUGGAACUCAGAUCUGUUAAAUCUUGCAAAACAAAAUAUAUGUCAUAAAAGUAACCGCGUAGAAAAUACAGUAUGCUAAAAAAAGUAUCAAAUUGCUUAGUUUGCACAUUUCAAUUAAGGUUGCAUUUAACCAAUUUACCAAAACCAUGUUUUUCACUUUUUUCAUCACUGAAGUCUUAUGAGAAAAUAAAAUGAAAAGUUUGCUAUAUUUUAAAGUAUAUUUUAAGAUCAUCGGGUAUUUCCUUUUUCAUGGUAAGUUUCACAUUACUGUUGGUCUUUUAGAGUUUCUCUUGUUUCAGUGCUGCUAGACUUGAGAUCUUCCUUGUUUGAGCUUGUCAAAGUCUACCGUGUGAAAUAUGCCAUUUAGGCAAUAACUUAAAUUUACUUUUUAACUUAAAUUGAAAAGUAAAUUUCUGGCAGCUUUAUUGCCGGGUACCACAUUUGUAAGUAGAAAUUCUCGCUUCUCUACAAUGAAAGAAUCUUUCAUUUUUAAUUUUCCUACUGUUCGUUCGUAAGUAAAUGCUUAUUCUCUUAUACUGAUUAAUCUGAUAAAAAGUAUGUCUGCAUUUUUAUGAAAAACGUCUGCUCUUAGAAGCCUUGAAUUGAUAUUUUAUUACUAACACUGUUCUGUCUAGAUCCUAUGCUAAUUUAAGUAGAAUAGUUACAUACUUAAGUGCACAUUUCCAAGUUUGAGCCUCAUCUGAAUCAGAGUUAUGUAAUAAUUGCUAUAUAAUUGUCCUUAUGAUGUUUCACUUCUGACAAAACUUCCUGGAGACUUAUACUUUUCUUGUUUUAUAUUGUAUGUACAUAAAAAUAUCGCCUUUUUUUGCUUUAAGAAUGCCACUCGAUUAGACUCAUGUAUGUGUUCAGUGCUCUUUUUGCUCUCCCUUUGAUAGCUGAUAAUCGUUCUGAGCUGAAUUUCCUAUAAUAUAAUUCUUUUCUGCUUCAGGCUUAAAAUUGCACUGCUUCUUAGGUUUACAUGUAAUUUUGUUUGAAUUGCAGGCUGAAUUAUGGUGAAAACAUGAUAAAAUUCAGAGUGCUUUGCUUAUAAUCAGUUCUUUUUAUGAAAGAAUGGACUGCUUUAUUUGUUGCUUGGAAAGGUAAGGACUAGUCUAUGCCCAUAUAGUACUAUCAUAAAUGAUUGCUAUAUCUGGAUAUAUCAGAUAAAGCACUGUAAUUCAUCACAAAAGUUUGAAAACAACAUUUAAUUAUUCAAACCAAUGAAAUACUGUUAUUCCUGCCAAGGUAUUUAUUUCUCUUUUCAUUGUAGUUAUGCGGCUUAUGCUGUGAACCUUCCAUUUGGUAUUAGAUUGUUUGACAAGAUGAUAUACUGUAUUGAAUAUCAAUAAAAUGCACAUCUAGGUUACCUUAAGGCUCACAAAAUCUUCUGGUAUUGUAUUAGAAACUGUGUAAAUACAUAAUCAAAGGCUGUAAUUUCAUGUGCAGAACUGAAAAAUGCUUCAUUGUUUACUGUUAAGUGAAAUGUUUUUAACUGAUAGUAUAGGAAAUAGCUUGUCUGUAAAAAUAUUGGUCACUGUAAUGUCAUGGUAAAGCCAUUAACUUUUAUAACGUAUAAAAUUUUAGAAAACUGUUUAAAGUGAAUUAUCUGCGCUACUUAAAACUGGCUUAUUUAAGAAAUGAAUAGGUCCUCUGUUUCGACUGAGAUUCUUACCUGUGAUUAACCUGCUUUCUGGUUGUACACAUCCUGAAACCAAGGAUUAUGUAAAGCUGAAGUGUAAAUAUAUUGAACAGAAUAAAAUGUACAUAGUUGUGA